GCCUUGAAAAAGCAGCGCUUUGGAAACCAGAGGAUGUGUGGCAUUUGUUUUUUUGCUAUCGCCUUCUACUUGAAAAACUUAUGUCGAGUAAGGCAGUUUUGAAGACACUUUCCUAUGCUUACUCCCAACUAUUGUUCAACGCACUUUCCAUAAGAACUUCUGAUGACGUUCAAUAUCUCAGUUUCUCGAUAUCUACGAGUACGGAAGUGUUAACCCAACCUAGCAAAGGAAAGAUCCGGGUCGAAGUCGUCGGGGUUCGAAGUCGCCGGAGGUUGUUGCGAGAUUCACAAGGAAUUAUUGGCCGACUCGAGAUUCUUCAAGGAUCUAGGGGAUGCUCAUACUGUUAAGCUGGAUGAAUAGUGUGAGAGAAUCGAUUACUUUGUCCAAUGGCUCUAUACUCCAGGACAUUUCGUCAAGGUGCCAGAAAUCAAAACAAUGCUGAAACUUGUGAUCUUCGCCGACACGAUUGAGUUUUCAAAACUUCAAAAUUACUGCAUGAAUCUCACUCGGGAUCAUUAUCUUCGUAGUGACAAAUUCAUCGGCUCGGAUAAAUUGAAUUACA